AGCAAUCCUAUCAGUCCUGCAGAGUGUUAACACAGCUGUCACAUCCAGUAGUUAAAGUGUCCCAAAACUUGUGCAAAAUGUUUGGGAAUUCUGACUGAAUCCUAGAAAAUUUUUUCUCCUGAGAGCUAAAGACAUAUCAGAGAAUAAUCAAUCUUCCACUUCUCCAAUUAAAUAUUCUCUAGUAAGAAGAACCAUGAAGAUAAAGCUCUCCAUCUGCUUCUUUCUAUGCCUUUUGCCAUUUGGUUUUAGUGCCACUAGAAGAUAUUAUCUGGGUGCUGUGGAACUGUCCUGGGACUAUUUACGAAGUGACCUGCUCAGUCAGCUGCAUGUGGAGACAAGAUUUCCUCCUAAAAUGCCAGAAUCUUUUCCAUUCAACACCUCAGUCAUGUACAAAAAGACUGUGUUUGUAGAAUUCACGGAUCACCUUUUCAACAUUGCCAAGCCCAGGCCACCUUGGAUGGGUCUGCUGGGUCCUACCAUCUGGGCUGAGGUUUAUGACACAGUGGUCAUCACACUUAAGAACAUGGCUUCUCAUCCUGUCAGUCUUCAUGCUGUUGGUGUAUCUUACUGGAAAGCAUCUGAAGGAGCUGAAUAUGAUGAUCAGACCAGCCAAAGGGAAAAAGAAGAUGAUAAAGUCUUUCCUGGUGAGAGCCAUACUUAUGUCUGGCAGGUCUCAACAGAGAAUGGUCCAAUGGCCUCUGACCCACAAUGUCUCACCUACUCAUAUUUAUCUCAUGUGGACCUGGUGAAAGACUUGAACUCAGGACUCAUUGGAGCUCUGCUGGUAUGCAAAGAAGGGAGUCUGACCAAAGAAGGGACACCGAACUUGCACCAAUUUGUACUACUUUUUGCUGUAUUUGAUGAAGGGAAGAGUUGGCACUCAGAAAGAAAGGAUGCCAGGACACAGGCUUCAGAUUCUGCACCUGCUGGGGCCUGGCCUAAAAUGCACACAGUCAAUGGCUAUGUAAACAGGUCUCUGCCAGGUCUGAUUGGGUGCCACAGAAAAUAUGUCUACUGGCAUGUGAUUGGAGUGGGUACCACCCCCGAAGUGCAUUCAAUAUUCUUUGAAGGUCACACAUUUCUUGUGAGGAACCAUCGCCAGGCUUCCCUAGAGAUAUCACCAAUAACUUUUCUUACUGUUCAGACAGUGUUGAUGGACCUUGGACAGUUUCUACUGUUUUGUCAUAUAUCUUCCCAUCAACAUGCUGGCAUGGAAGCUUAUGUGAAAGUAGACAGUUGUUCAGAGGAACACCAACUGCGGAUGAAAAAGGAAGAAGAAGAGGAAGGUUAUGAUUAUGAUGAUGUUGAUUCUGAAAUGGAUGUGUUUAGGUUUGAUGAUAACUACUCUUCCUUUAUCCAUAUUCGCUCUGCUGCCAAGAAACACCCUAAAGCUUGGAUACAUUAUAUUGCUGCUGAGGAGGAGGACUGGGACUAUGCUCCUUCAGUCUACACCUCUGAUGACAGAAGUUAUAAAAGUCAAUAUUUAAACAAUGGUCCUCAGCGAAUUGGUAGGAAGUAUAAAAAAGUCCGCUUUAUGGCAUAUACAGAUGAAACCUUUAAAAGCCGGAAAACUAGUCAAUAUGAAUCAGGAAUCCUGGGACCUCUACUUUAUGGAGAAGUUGGAGACACACUUUUGAUUAUAUUUAAGAAUCAAGCAAGCCGACCUUAUAACAUCUACCCCCAUGGAAUAACUGAUGUCAGUCCUUUGCACUCAAGAAGACUGCCAAAAGGUGUAAAACAUUUGAAAGAUUUGCCAAUUAUGCCAGGAGAAAUAUUCAAGUAUAAGUGGACAGUGACUGUAGAAGAUGGGCCAACUAAAUCGGACCCUCGUUGCUUAACCAGAUAUUACUCCAGUUUCCUUAAUCUGGAGAGAGAUCUGGCUUCAGGACUCAUCGGCCCUCUUCUCAUCUGUUACAAAGGAUCUGUAGAUCAAACAGGAAACCAGAUGAUGUCGGACAAGAGAAAUGUGAUUCUAUUUUCUGUAUUUGAUGAAAACCGAAGCUGGUACCUCACAGAAAAUAUGCAGCGCUUCCUCCCAAGUGUAGCUGGAGUGCAGACCCAGGAUCCAGAGUUCCAGGCCUCCAACAUAAUGUACAGCAUCAAUGGUUAUGUUUUUGAUAGCUUGCAGUUGUCUGUUUGUUUGCAUGAGGUGGCAUACUGGUACAUUCUAAGUGUUGGAGCCCAGACUGACUUCUUAUCUGUCUUCUUCUCUGGAUAUACAUUCAAGCAUAAAAUGGUCUAUGAAGAUACACUUACCCUAUUCCCAUUCUCAGGAGAAACUGUCUUCAUGUCGAUGGAAAAUCCAGGUCUAUGGGUUCUGGGGUGCCACAACUCAGACUUUCGGAACAGAGGCAUGACAGCCUUACUGAAGGUUUCUAGCUGUGGCAGGAGCACCGGUGAUGAUUAUGAGGACACAUAUGAAGAUAUUCCAACACACUUACUAAGUGAAAGCCAUCUCAUUGAACCCAGAAGCUUCUCCCAAAAUUCAAGGCACCCUAGCACCAGGAAAAAGCAAUUCAAAGCCAUCACAAUUCCAGAAAAUGACACAGAGAAAACUGGUUUUCAGUUUGGAGAGAGAACAGGAAUCAAUAAAGUAAACAAUAUCUUCUCCAAUGAUUCGUCGAUGCUCUUGAGACAGAGUCCAACUCCAUUUGGGUUAUCCUUAUCUGAUCUUCCAAAAGUCACAUAUGAGACUCUUCCUCGUGAUCAUUUAUCUGGAGCAAUAGACAAUAAUGAGGGCCCAUCUAAGGUGGUACAGUUCAGGCCAAAGGUCUAUCAGAGGGGAAAUACAGUAUUUACUCCUGAACCAAGCCUCCAAUUAAAAUUGAAUAAGAAUUGGGAAACAACUGUACCAGUAGAGUUGAAGAAACUUGAUUCAAAAGUUUCUAGCUCACCAGAUAAUUCAAUGGUCUCACCAACAAUUCUAUCAGACAAUUUGGCAGCAAGUCCUGAAGAGACAACUUCCUUAAGACCCCCAAAUAUACCAGUUAGUUGGCAAUUGGGCACCAGGAUAUUUGGCAAAAAAUCAUUUCCAGUUAUUGGGUCAGAUGUUCCUCUGAGCCUCAGUGAAAGAAAUAAUGAAUCCAAGUUGUUACAAGUAUCGUUAGUGAGUACUCAAGGGAGUUCACUGGGAAAAAAUGUAUUAUCAAUAGAAAGUGACUUAUCACUAAAAGAGAAAAUAACUCACCCACCUGCUUUACUGGCCAAAGAUAAUGCUUUUUUGAAAGUUAAUAUCUCUUUGAUAAAGACAAACAAGACAUCUAAUUAUUCAACAAUUGAUAGAAAAACUCACAUUGAUAGACCAACAUUAUUAGUUGACAAUGGUACAUCAGUCUGGCAAGAUACUAUAUUAGAAAGAGAUACUAUCUUUCAAAAACAGCUGUCAUUAGUGAAUGAUGAAGCACUUGCUGACAAAAGUACUACAGCUCUGGGGCUGAAUCAUAUGUCAAAUAAAACUUCAUCAAAAAGUAUGGAAAUAGUUGCUCGAAAACAAGUAGGUCGUGUAUCAUCAGAUGAAGAAAACUUAGGUAAGUUAUUUUUCAAGAUGUUAUUCUUUCCAGAGCCAGCAGAUUGGAAAAAAGGGACCAGCAGAAAGAAUUCCCUGAACUCUGGGCAAGGGGCUAGUCCAAAGAAAUUAUUAUCCUUAGGAUCAGGAAAGUCUAGAGAAGAUCAGAAUUUCUUGCCACACAAGAAUAAAGUGGUAAUAGACAAGGAUGAAUUUACAAAGGACGCAGAACCCAAAGAGAUUAUUCCAAACAAUAGGAGCGUAUUUCUUAUUAACAUGACUAACUUAAAAGAAAAUGAUACACACAAUCAACAAAAACCAAUUCAGGAAAAGAUUAAAAAAAAGGAAGUACUAACCCAAAAGAAUGUAGCUUUGCCCCAGGUAUACCCAGUGACUGACACUAAGAAUUUCUUGAAGAAACUUUUCUUACUGAUCACUAGACAAAACAUAAGUUUAGAUGCGGGGGCAUAUGUACCAACACUUUUGGAUACCAAAUUGCUAAAUGAUUCAACAAAUAGGGCAAAGAUUCACAUGGAUCAACUCUCAAAAAGAAGAGGACAAGAGGAAACACACCAAGAAAGCUUGGGAAAUCAAACCAAGCAAAUGGCUGAGCAGCAUCUAAGUACCAAAGUGAUAUUUCCUAAUCCAGCUGAGAACAUUACGGCCCAACGCAGUAAGCGUUCUUCAAAACAAUUCAGAUUCCCACUAGAAGAAACAGAGGUUGAAAGGGGGCUAAUUGUGGAUGAUACUUCGACACAAAGAUCCAAAACCAUGAAGCAUUUGACACAGACAGGUUACAAAGAGAAAGGAGGAAAGGCCAUUGCUCAGUCUCUUUCAUCAAAGUCUCCUAUGAGGAAUCAUAGCAUCCCUCAGAUAAAGAGCUCUGUAUCACCCAUUGCAAAGAUAUCAGCAGUUCCAUUCAUUAGAUCUCAUACAGAUCUCAUACAGUUCUCAUCUCAAGACAUCUCUUCUCAAUUUCUAGCAUCAGCCUAUAUUUAUAGCUUUAAGGCUAAAAGUUCAAUGGCCCAAGAAGACAGUCAUUUCUCACAAGUACCCAAGAUAAAUAACCUUUCUUUAAACAUAGUACCCUUGGAGAUAAUCAGAAAUCAAGGCAAGUUUGGCUUCCUGGGGACAAGUGCCACAAACUCAGUUGCGUACAAAAAACGGGAGAACACUGUUAUCUUGAAACAAGUCUUGCCUGAAACAUUUAGCAAAGUUGAAUUUCUUCCUAAAGUUCUUAUUCAUCAGAGAGACCUUUUACUUACAGAAACUAUCCAUGAGUCUCCUGUUUACUUUGAUCGCAUGGAGGAGAAUCUUCUUCAGAAAACAGCAGAAAUUUUAAAAUGGAAUAAGACAAAUGGACCUGGAAAAGUACCCUUUCUAAAAGGUGCAAUAGAAAAUUCUGAAAAGAUGAACUCCAAAUUCCUGGGUCCUCUUGCUUUAGAGGAUAAUUAUGCUAUCCAGAUACCAAAAAAUAACUGGAGAUUCCAAGAAAAGUCACCAAAACAUACAGUUUUAAAGAUGAAGGACCCCAUUUUUUCUCUGAACCCUGGUGAAAGCAAUUGUACAAUAGUAGCAAUAAAUGAUGGGCAAAAUUGGCUCCAGGAAGAAGCCACUUGGGCAAAGCAAGAAAGUACUGGAAAGUUGUGCUCUCCAAACCCAUUUGCCUUGAAGCGUCAUCAAAGGGAAAUAACUCCUACUACUCUUCAGCCAGAACAAGAAGACAUUUACUAUGAUGAUGACAUCUCAAGUGAAACUAAGAGAGAAGAUUUUGAGAUUUAUGGAGAGGAUGAAAUCCAGGGUCCCCGUAGCUUUCAAAAGAGAACACGACACUAUUUUAUUGCAGCGGUGGAGCGGCUCUGGGACUAUGGGAUGAGUAGGAUCCCUAGCAUCCUAAGAAACAGGGAUCAUAGUGGCAGUGCCCACCAAUUCAAGAAAGUAGUUUUCCAGGAGUUUACUGAUGGUUCUUUUACUCAACCUUUAUACCGUGGAGAAUUAAAUGAACACUUGGGACUCUUGGGGCCGUACAUAAGAGCAGAAGUUGAAGACAAUAUUGUGGUAACUUUCAAAAACCAGGCCUCUCGUCCCUAUUCCUUCUAUUCUAGCCUUGUUUCUUACAAUGAAGAUCACAAACAAGAAGCAAAACCUAGAAAAAACUUUGUUAAGCCUAAUGAAACCAAAACUUACUUUUGGGAAGUGCAACAAUAUAUGGCGCCCACUGAAGAUGAAUUUGACUGCAAAGCCUGGGCUUAUUUCUCUGAUGUUGAUCUGGAAAAAGAUAUGCACUCAGGCUUGAUUGGACCCCUUCUGAUCUGCCACAGGAACACACUGAGCCCAGCUCAUGGGAGACAAGUGACAGUGCAGGAAUUUGCUCUGCUUUUCACUAUCUUUGAUGAGACCAAGAGCUGGUACUUUACUGAAAACAUGGAAAGGAAUUGCAAGGCACCCUGCAGUAUUUACAAAGAAGAUGCCACUUUUAAAGAGAAUUAUCGCUUCUAUGCAAUCAAUGGCUAUGUGAUGGACACCCUACCUGGCUUAGUAAUGGCGCAGGACCAAAGGAUUCGAUGGUAUUUGCUCAGCAUGGGCAGUAAUGAAAACAUCCAUUCGAUUCAUUUCAGUGGACAUGUGUUCACUGUGCGGAAAAAAGAAGAGUAUAAAAUGGCAGUUUACAAUUUAUAUCCAGGGGCUUUUGAGACCAUGGAAAUGCAACCAUCCAGAGCUGGAAUUUGGCGAGUAGAAUGCCUCAUUGGCGAACACCUGCAUGCUGGGAUGAGCGCUCUUUUUCUGGUGUACAGCAAGCAGUGUCAGAUUCCCCUGGGAAUGGCUUCUGGACACAUUAGAGAUUUUCAGAUUACAGCUUCAGGACAAUAUGGACAGUGGGCCCCAAAUCUGGCCAGACUUCAUAAUUCUGGAAUGAUCAAUGCCUGGAGCACCAAAGAACCUUUUUCCUGGAUCAAGGUGGAUCUGUUGGCACCAAUGAUUAUUCAUGGCAUCAAAACCCAGGGUGCCAGUCAGAAGUUCUCCAGCCUCUACAUCUCUCAGUUUAUCAUCAUGUAUAGUCUGGAAGGGAAGAAAUGGCUGACCUAUCGAGGGAAUUCCACUGGGACCUUAAUGGUUUGCAAAAACAAAGAGACAAAGAAGACCAUGCCACAGAGACCAUUUGUGGCCUGUAAAGACUAACAUAUCUCUAUCUAGUCCUGUACAGAACAAAAUUUGUGGACCGCUGGUCCAGUCUAAUGACAGAACAGAUGCCUGGGCUGUUAACAUUAAUCUUCAUGUACCAGAACCCUUCAUUCCCAGAGCUUGCCUGAUUUACUAAUAUCAGUCUUGAACAUCUUCUUCCAUGUUAUGAUUCUCAAGUAUCUUUAUGCCUUUGAACCAGUUACAUAUAAAAUACACUUUCAAAAGCAAUACUAGUCCUUAUAGGAGCAUCUUGUAAGGGGAGAGAGGAUCCCAAGCCCCUUAAAGGAUCCUUUAAGGAUCCUUAAAAGAUCACUGCUUCACUGCCACUAUUUUUAAUAGUUUGCAAUAUUUUAGUGUAUAUUUUGAACCAUCUAGAUGAGGAUCUUUCCCCUUUGAUUCUCAAAUUAAAAAAAAAAAAAACAACAACUCUGUUCAUUCUUUUAAAAUAUUCAUAUUUGGCAUGUUAGAAAUCAGUGUUCCCAAGCAUGGUAACACACACUUGUAAUCCCAGCACUUGGGAGUCUAAGGCAGGAGAGUGUCCAUGAGUUCAAGGCCAUCAACAUAGUGAGUUGAAGACUACACAGCAAGACUCUAUCUCAAAAAAAAAUCCAAUGCUGGGAAUACAGCUCAGUGGCACAGCACCUGCCUGGCAAGUACGAGGUGAUGAGUUUGAUUCCCAGUACCAAAAAAUAAUCAGCAUUUAUUUUUAUGUUAAAAUGAUAUAAAUGAACUCCUGAACUGCUGCAACCUGGCAAUAGCCCAGCUUUCCCUGUUAUUUCUAAGAUAUACAAAGAGACAAUGGCAGGCUCCUUCCUUUUUCCUUUGAAUAGGUGGUGGCAGUAGCUGCAGCUUCUUGUGCAGCUAUGGCCAAGAUUAAGGUUCAGGACCUUUGCGGCAAGGAGGAGGAGCUAUUGAAACAACCUAACAAAGUAUGGUGAAGCUGGCACAGCUUUGUCACCAAAGUGACCAGCCGGCACAUGGCCUCUAAUCUUUCCAAGAUCUGAGUUGUCUGCAAAUCCAUCACUUGUAUUUUCACCUUUAUUAAGCAGACCCAGAAAGAAAACCUCAGGAAAUUCUCCAAGUGUAAGAAAUAAAAGCCCCUGGACCUGCAGCCCAAAAAACACAAGCCUUGCACCACAAGCUCAAGAAGCAAGAUGAAAAGCUGAAGACUAAGAGGCAGCAGUGGAAGGAGCAGAGGUCAAGGCCUGAGCAGUGCAGCAGCAGCAACAAAAUUCAAAACUCAGGGGAAAAAAAGACAAUGACAAAUGGGAAACAAAGCUCCUUGUUUCCCAGAAUUAUGCGUAUAUAACCCUCUGGUUAGCCUUCCCCCACCUCCUUAAUGCAAAGAGUUUAGACCAGCAGCCUAUAGGCUUUUCCAUAACCCUAAAUCCAAAACUCAUCACCAGUAAUGCUGCAUAACCAUUGAACAGUUUGGUUACACAGUAAGAAAAAGUACCAAGGCCUAUACUCAAGGUCAAGAAGAACAUACCAGAAAAAAGCCAAAGAGCAAAGCAGCACACACCUUAACUGAUUUUGUAAUCUGUUGAAGGAGACUUUCUGACCCAUUAUGAAACUUCCUGACAUCUAAGUAAGAGUAGCAUGGUAUGGCUGAACUGCCACAGAUGGGCCUCCCCUGUAUUUCCCAUUAUUUCCACAGUUGAAGACGUGGGAGUAAAAUCAAAGCAAAAAUCCUAGAGUCCUAACCAUUUCAAGACACUGAACCCACAGUAACAACCUACAGCAAUCCCCCAGAAAAAAAAAUUUAACUUCAUCCUUAUGUAUCACCCCAAAGAAUUGUAUAUAACUUUAGCCUAAGAAUGCAUGUGACUGAAGUUGAAUGAGUAAAAGAUUAUAUUCCACAGUUUGAGAGAAAGGUUAUAUUCCACAGAGUAUUAUCACCCUGAAAAAUGUUUUUAAAAAAUACAUAAAUAAGAAAAUAACCAGGCAUGGUGGUGGAUGCCUGUAAUCACAACUACUAAGGAGGCUGGGGCAGGAGGAUCACAAAUUCAUAUCUAGCCAGGGAAACUUCAUGAGACCUUGUCUCAAAAUUAAACUGGCUGGGGAUGUACCCCAGUAGCAGAACAGGUACCUAGCAUGUGGGAGGUCCUGGGUUCAAUCCACAGUAUAGUACUGGCAAAAAAGAAAUGAAACAACCUAAAUUGCUUACCUUGUAAAAUCUAAACCAGAAAACUUCAAAGUGGUGCUUUUUAAAAUAUUAUUUACUACUUGUACAUCCUAACGCCUUUAAAUGUAAUAUUUCAGCAUAAACAUGGUAUCUGACAUUGGAAUGGCAUCCUGUUUUAACCAAAACAAGGAUCCUGCCUUGCAUCUACAGUAUGUGAUGCCAUAAUACCAAAGAACCGCACUUUGAUUUUACAUACUUCUGUUAAAUAAAAUUUGCAGCAAAACCCCAUAUGGAUGAAAGUUGCAAUACAGAUUACAUACAUCUGUUAGAAAGGAACCAAAAUUGUGACUUCCAUCUCAACUAGUUAACACUGCCAUUGGAACUGUUGAGUUGGAUGUAUUUGUCUUGCAUUGAUCCCAGCAAAAGCCUGGUGAGAGCUUCUGCUACAGUCACUCUUUGUCCAGCAAGGCCUACAUGCAAGGGUUACUACACAUAUGAAAUGAAUACACCUCGGUUCAGCUUCUUGCCUCCUGACAAGAUAGUCACAUAUUACACAUAAGGUAAAUCUCAACACCAAGUCAGGAAAACCAGAGUAGCUUUAUCAUAAAUUUAGGGCUGCAGCAAAAAGAGAGUAAGACAUGAUUUCUCUGAGUGUGUGGAAGUGAAAAAAAGGAGAAACUUAGUGACUACUAAGACACAGAAAUUCACUACGAAAUGAAAACGACAACUAAUUCACACAGCUUACAUACUCGCAGCAGUGCAAUCCCGGAUGCUCACCAAGGAACAAUGAUAGAAUGAGAAAAGGAAGAUUAAAAGGAUUAUCAUUUUUAAUGUUGCAGUUUUUGGAAGACAGCCGUAUCCUCGACUUUCAUUCUAUCAUAAUUGAGGGGUGCCUCCCCCCAUAUCAUUGAAAUGAGGACAUUCACUCAACUAAAUUCCCGAGGUGGCAAUCUGAAUGACAGAAAAAGAACCAGUGGCGACAUCUUUUAUUUCUCCCUUACACGCAAAGGUUGGUUACCAGACAAAAAAGAAAAGACAAGACAGAUGUCUGUCUGGUUAAUGUGAUCUAUCAGACACAUGUCUGUCCUGAGGGAGAGAUGGUUUCCUGCAUAAUGAGAGGAAGUAGGUGGUUCUGCUCAGCAGUCAACAGAGGCCACAUCACCUGCAGCAAACUAACGGCUUCCGUGUCUUUCUCGUGGGCAGCCAUGACCAAAGACUGCAGCAACCGAAAGAGCUCCUCAGGGAGGUGGCUGCCACUCUCCUGCCAGUGACUGUCCAGAGCCUCCCAGGAAUACUUCUCCAGCGCGUGGGAGUGCUUGGGCAGGUGGUGGCUGCAGCAAAGCAGGAGCAGCACGCAGGUCACCUCACAGCGAAAGACCAAGUCGGAAAAGGCAGCCGGCACAGCCAGAGAGGGUGCUGUGGCUACCAGAGCCACAGCAGCAGCAGCAGCAGCAACAGCUGCUGCAUCAGUAAUAGCAGGUGCGCCAGUAGGGUUCUUGGAGAGCAGGACUGGGGCCUGAAAGGAUCCGGGCUGGGGACCCGGAAGCAGCUGCAGUGGUUGUUGGCUCUGGGGCCCGGGAGGCACUGGCAGCAGAGAAAUCUGUGGCUGCUGGUGUAGGUGCACUGGGUAGCCACCAUGCUCUAGCGCCAGGCACUGCAUGACUGUCAGGAUUGCCAGAGCACCUGUGUAGUCGCACGCCAACAGCUGGAAGGAGGCAGCAUUGCCUGCCCAGCGACUACAGCACAGUCAGGGGCAGAAGGGGCAGUUGCAGCUAGGCUGCACGAUGGAAGUGGUCAGAGAGGGGGCCGGCUGGCCCACGUCGCGCAGCGCCUUCCGGGGCCCGUGGAAUAGCGCCUGCUGGGAGCGCGCCACGUCCAGAUGGCACCACGCCGCGCAGGCCAGGCACUACUGGGCGCACAGCUCGUGGCCCAGCGGCCUGAACUGCUCGCCGGCCUCCGCCAGGUUGGGCUUCCGCAGAAACCGCUUCUUCAGCUUGUUGGGACACCAGCGGGUACCGGGCCAGGAAGUCGCCGGCCUCGGGGCCAGGGCCAACACAGCUAGAGCCGAUGCCGGCGCCACCGACGCCCCAGCCCCCGCCCACCAGGCCGGACUCCGAGGCCGCCAUGUUCCCUGACCCCAGGAUUUCGGGGUCCCCGCGACGUGCUCUGCGUCGCGUGGCGUCACAUUGCAUCACGUUAUGCUGGGGCCUAGCGAAAGGACCAGACGCGACGCGACGCUACGUGACGCGACGCGAGGAGAACCAACCACCGCGACCUCCCGACCCAGCGCCUGCUCUAGGUGGCCCCGCCCCCUCCCCGUUGCCCUGGUGAUAUGCAAAGACUGGCAGGAAGGCGUGGCCAGGCUGGGAGGAGCCCAGACCACCGACACGUGCUCCCCAGGAAAUAACAGGGGCGGGCCCUGGCUGUAGGCUGGCAUGUCAGUGCAUCCUGAGAAGGAUUCCAGAUUGUUGCGCAGGCGUGGCCUGGCCUGGCGAGGCUCCAGCUGUUGCUAGGUUACAGCUUUUCACCACGGGAUGCAAAGAACGCCUCUUAGCUUUUUUCCACACUUGACCUCAACUAUGAACUUGACCUCAACUAUGCUCAAAACCCUUGCUUGCCCUGA